CUCUCUCCAGUGGUCUCCAGGGCCAGAGUGCCUCGUCUGUCUCGUCAGAAAUCAAGUCAGAGGAUGAGGGGGAUGAGAACCUACAGGAUGCCAGAUCUAUGGAGACCAAGAAGGAGGAGCCUGACAACAAGGACCUGAAGUCUAUUGAUAGCAACGCGGAUGACGAGGACUUGUCUCCGGAGCAGAAGAUCGAACGCGAGAAGGAACGCAGGAUGGCCAACAAUGCGCGGGAGCGGCUCCGUGUCCGGGACAUCAACGAGGCUUUCAAGGAGCUGGGGCGUAUGGUGCAGCUGCACCUGAAGAGUGACAAGCCACAGACCAAACUGCUCAUACUGCAUCAGGCCGUGGCCGUCAUACUGAGUCUGGAGCAGCAAGUCAGAGGCAAGGGACCUGACACACAGAGGAACCUGAACCCUAAGGCAGCGUGUCUGAAGAGACGUGAGGAGGAGAAGGGCUCGUCAGACGGCGGAGCGGCCCUCUCCCUGGCCGGGCCGCACCACGCCAUGGGGGACGCCUCCAACCCAAUGGGACAAAUGUAA